AUGUCGCCAGAACUCAGCCCAGAGCUGCAGGACCGCCUGGAGGAGCUGGACAAGGAACUAGAAGAGGGCGAUAUUACACAAAAGGGAUACCAAAAGCGUAGGACACAGCUGCUGUCCCAGUACGGUGCUGUUCCGCAGGAGCCGUCCGGCGGCCUGCGCAUCCACUCUCCCGACAGCUCCUCCCACCCCUCCAACGAUGGCACACGAGCAGGUGCCCUUGCGGCUCUGAAUGCCAACUCCCCCGAUCUCAGCAUUCCGCCCUCUCCCGGCCUCGGUACUGGCAUGUCUUCUCCGUCCGGCCCCGGAGGGUCCCAGUCCCCCUACUCUCUACCUCCCGAGCAGCAUCCGGCCUCCUUGCUUGCUCCAGGCGGCACCUUCGCCGACUCCCGCCCUGGCCUGCGCCAACGCGACUCCCUCUUCCUUGUGCCGGGACAGGAUCUGGGGAUUGCCGAGUCGACAAGGUCACCUACAAUGGCCUCAGGUGACUAUGCUUUCAACCCGGAACACCAAGGCGGAUAUGGGGAGCCCGAGCAGCGCACACCUUACGACAGCAGGACGGGCACUCUGCUGGACUCGCAAGGCUACUUUUCCGACUUCGCCGGCCAGCAGGCUUACGAUCAAAAUCCCUCGGAACAAUACGGGGGCCCACAGCGAUACUCCUCGAGCGACGCCUUCUCCCCAACCGCCGCUAUGGCGCCUCCCAUGCUCACGGCCAGUGACCUUCCAACCGCCGAAACCCUCGAAUACCAGCUGCCGCUCGAACCUCGCGAGGUGCCCUUCGCCAUCUUCGACCCACACGACUCGAGCGUCCAGAUGUCGCAGUUCGAUAAUAUAGCAGCGGUACUGCGUCACCGCGGUCGUACAUCCGCCAAGCUUCCGGCGUACUGGGUUCUCGACAAUCGCGGGAAGGAGACCGCGUCUAUAACAUGGGAUAAACUAGCCUCGAGGGCAGAAAAGGUGGCGCAGGUCAUACGGGAUAAGAGCUCGUUAUACAGGGGUGACCGGGUUGCGCUCAUAUAUCGCGACACCGAGAUCAUCGACUUCGCUAUCGCCCUCCUCGGUUGCUUUAUCGCCGGCGUUGUGGCAGUGCCUAUCAAUGAAUUACAGGAUUACCAGAAACUGAACCUGAUUCUCACAUCGACGCAAGCCCAUCUGGCCCUGACUACCGACAACAACCUGAAGGCAUUCCAGAGAGACAUUACAAUUCAGAAGCUCACAUGGCCCAAGGGUGUAGAGUGGUGGAAAACAAACGAGUUCGGCAGCUAUCACCCAAAGAAGAAGGACGAUACCCCGGCACUGUCCGUGCCAGAUCUGGCCUACGUCGAGUUCUCCAGGGCCCCAACUGGGGAUCUGAGAGGAGUUGUGCUGAGCCACCGGACCAUCAUGCAUCAAAUGGCUUGCUUGAGCGCUAUAAUAUCACAGGUGCCCAACAACUCGCCCGGCGAUACCUUCAGCUCAUCACUUCGCGAUAAGAACGGACGGCUGAUUGGAGGUGGCGCAAGUAGCGAGAUAUUGUUAUCGUACUUGGACCCGCGCCAGGGCAUCGGUAUGAUCCUGGGCGUUUUACUGACGGUCUAUGGAGGACACACUACCGUGUGGCUGGAAAACAAGGCUGUUGAGGUCCCCGGUCUUUACGCACACCUCAUCACCAAGUACAGAGCCACCCUGAUGGUUGCCGACUACCCCGGUCUGAAACGAGCUGCUUAUAACUACCAGCAAGAUCCGAUGACGACCCGCAACUACAAAAAGGGUACCGAGCCGAAUUUCCAGUCAGUAAAGCUGUGCCUGAUCGACACGGUCACGGUCGAUUGCGAAUUCCAUGAGCUGCUGGCAGACCGAUGGCUGAGGCCAUUGCGGAACCCCAGAGCAAGAGAAGUGGUGGCGCCCAUGCUUUGUCUCCCGGAACACGGAGGCAUGGUCAUCAGCGUUCGAGACUGGCUCGGUGGGGAGGAGCGUAUGGGUUGCCCCCUCAAGCUGGAUAUGGACGACGAUGACACAGAUUCCGAGGCAGAGAGGGCAAGAGAAGAGAAGGAGAAGCCGUCGAACGGCUUUGGUGGCAGUCUUCUCAGUGGGGGUACGACCAAUGUGACAGAGCAGCGCGCUAAGAACGAGUUGAGUGAGGUCCUCCUUGACAGGGAAGCCUUGAAAUCCAACGAGGUCCUCGUGGUUGCGAUUGGUGACGAGGCGAGAAAGAAAUCCAGCGACUCUACCACCGUCCGCAUUGGUGCUUUUGGGUACCCUAUACCUGACGCGACCCUUUCCGUUGUCGAUCCGGAGACUGGCCUGCUCGCCUCUCCCCACUCCAUCGGCGAAAUUUGGGUGGACUCUCCGUCUCUGUCCGGUGGGUUCUGGGCUCUCCCCAAGCACACCGAGCAGAUAUUCCAUGCCAGGCCUUAUAAAUUUGACCCGGGGAACCCGACACCAACUCCUGUGGAGCCAGAAUUCCUGCGGACAGGAUUGUUAGGUACCAUUAUUGAGGGCAAAGUCUUCGUUCUUGGGCUGUACGAGGACCGGAUUAGGCAGAAGGUGGAAUGGGUCGAACACGGCCAUGAAGUGGCCGAAUACCGGUAUUUCUUCGUGCAGCAUCUCGUCGUUAGCAUUAUGCGCAACAUUCCCAAGAUCUUCGACUGCUCUGCAUUUGACGUGUUCGUCAACGAGGAACAUCUCCCUAUCGUGGUCCUGGAAUCGACUUCAGCUUCAACGGCGCCUGCAACUUCUGGUGGCCCACCACGGCAACUAGAUACCGCACUCUUGGACUCUCUAUCCGAAAGAUGCAUGGAUGUUCUGAUGCAGGAGCACCAUCUGCGCGUGUACUGUGUGCUGAUCACUGCGCCAAACUCACUCCCCAGGGUCUUGAAGAACGGCCGUAGGGAGAUCGGAAACAUGCUUUGUCGGAAGGAGUUUGACCUCGGCAAUCUGCCCGCUGUGCACGUCAAGUUUGGUGUCGAGCACGCCGUUCUGAACCUGCCCAUUGGUGUCGACCCAAUAGGUGGAAUCUGGUCCAACAUUGCUUCAGAUUCUCGAGCGGAGGUGUUGGGACCGGUUGACAAGCAGUAUUCAGGUAUCGACCGUCGCGAGGUCGUCAUUGAUGAUCGCACGUCUACACCACUCAAUAAUUUCAGGACCAUCACGGACCUCAUCCAGUGGAGAGUGGCAAGGCAACCCGAAGAGCUUUCCUACUGUACUAUUGACGCUAAAGGCAAAGAGGGCAAGGGCAUCACAUGGAAGAAGUUCGACACCAGGGUUGCUGCGGUAGCCAUGUACCUGAAGAACAAGGUCAAGAUUCGACCGAGGGAUCAUGUCAUACUCAUGUAUACGCACUCGGAGGAGUUCGUGUUCGCCGUUCACGCGUGCAUCAACCUCGGUGCGGUCGUUAUCCCUUGCGCUCCGAUGGAUCAAAACCGACUGCCCGAAGACGUCCCGGCAUUCUUGCACCUGGUUGCGGACUACAAUGUCAGAGCUGUCUUGGUCAAUCAGGAAGUUGAUCACCUGCUUAAGAUGAAGCCGGUGGCCCAGCACAUCAAACAGUCUGCCCAGAUCCUGAAGAUCAAUGUGCCGCCUUGUUACAACACAACGAAGCCUCCAAAACAGAACAACGGUUUGAGGGACCUAGGAAUUACUGUGGACCCCUCGUGGAUACAGCCAGGCUACCCAGUGAUUAUCUGGACCUACUGGACCCCCGAUCAGAGGAGGCUCGCCGUGCAGCUGGGACAUGACACAAUCCUCGGAAUGUGCAAGGUCCAGAAGGAGACUUGUCAAAUGACCAGCUCUCGGCCAGUGCUGGGGUGUGUCAGAAGUACUACGGGCUUGGGCUUCAUCCAUACCUGUCUCAUGGGGAUCUACAUUGGCACGCCCACGUACCUGCUCUCGCCCGUGGAGUUCGCACAGAACCCCAUCUCUCUGUUCAUGAUUCUUUCGCGAUACAAGGUCAAGGACACGUAUGCCACGCCUCAGAUGCUUGAUCACGCUAUGGCUCUCAUGCCAGGCAAGGGAUUUACGCUACACGAGAUGAAGAACAUGAUGAUAUCGGCGGAGAGCCGGCCGCGGAUCGAUGUUUUCCAGAAAGUGCGAUUGCACUUCGCAGCGACUGGCCUUGAUCGCACGGCCAUCAACACGGUUUAUUCUCACGUCCUCAACCCGAUGAUUGCGUCCCGCUCGUAUAUGUGCAUCGAACCGAUCGAGCUCUGGCUCGACACCAAGGCUCUCCGACGUGGUCUUGUUAUCCCUACGGACCCCGAGACAGACCCCAAGGCUCUCCUUCUCCAGGACUCCGGCAUGGUCCCAGUCUCCACGCAGAUUGCAAUCGUCAACCCCGAGAGUCGUCUACUCUGUUGUGAUGGUGAGUAUGGUGAGAUCUGGGUCGACUCCGAGGCCUGCGUCAAAGGCUUCUACGGCUCGAAGGAUAUUUUCGACGCUGAGAGAUUCGAUGGCCGCACACUUGAUGGAGACCCGAGUAUCAGCUACGUCAGGACCGGUGACCUUGGCUUCCUCCACUGUGUUAGCAGACCCAUCGGUCCAGGUGGUGCGCAAGUCGAUAUGCAGGUCUUGUUCGUGUUGGGAAGUAUUGGUGAAACGUUCGAGAUCAAUGGACUGAGUCACUACCCCAUGGAUAUUGAGGCGUCGGUGGAGAAGAGCCACAGGAACAUCGUUUCUGGAGGCUGUGCAAUCUUCCAAGCUGGCGGUCUUGUCGUCGUGGUUGUGGAGGUCAGCCGCAAGGCAUAUCUCGCCUCAAUUGUACCUGUUAUCGUCGACUCUAUUCUCAACGAACACCAGAUCAUUGUUGACAUCGUUGCCUUCGUGUCAAAGGGCGAUUUCCCUCGCUCCCGCCUUGGCGAGAAACAGCGUGGCAAAAUCCUCGCCGGAUGGGUAUCUCGCAAGAUGAGAACAAUAGCACAAUUCGCCAUCAGGGAUGCGUCAACUGGCUUGGGUAACGGCGACGGUGACGCGAACCAGGAGGCUCAUCGGGCCAGCUACGGUAGCCAUCGAAGCAGCAGCGGCGCGCAGAUUGGCCUGGCCUCUGUGGGUAGCACUCUGCGAAACGUCGAGCCAGCCCCGCAGAUUCUCGAGCAGAGGGAGUUGGAGUCACAACUUGAGCGCAUCUCUGCGAUCCCACCGGAGGCGAGCGCCAAUUACGGACAACGGCCUGGGGAGAAUGGAAAUGGCAACGGCCGUGAUCAGAUGACGCCUACAGGACCGUCCGCACCACAGGGACACGGUUUUGAUCUGCCCGACUUUGGCCAAUUUGACCACGAUAAUAGACCGGACUCUGGUCCACAUCCCGACAUGCACCAGCAGACACCUGAGAUUCGACUUCCUGAGUUCCAAGGCGUGGACUGGAGAGGUCACAUGCACCCAUCAUACGGCCCGGGCGGGCACGCACGCAACCCGUCUCUGCAGAACGAGGAGGACUGGACAGCCGAUGCGAUUGCUUCAAUGAACCUUGCUGAUCGCGGCGAUCGUGGUGAUGGAAGGGGCUAUUAG